AUGCUUAAGUUUCAAGAACGCGCCACUCCGGAGGAACUCAAGAUCGCCGCGUCUAUAGAACGCAAACGGCAAAUCGAAGAGGCGAGGAAGCUGCGCAUCUUUAACCCUUGCGUUAGAAAAAUUGGGAUAGACAAGGCGUUCCUGGAUAAGCAAGUCGAGGAGAAGCAGCGGCAGCGCGAGUGGGAACGAGCGAAAGAAUGUCAAUUGGACGAGGCUCUCGUUCGCAGCAGCGAACACGCCGCGCAUUUGGAGAGACAGCAGGAGGAGGAAAGACGAAGGAUAAACAAGGAGGUCGAGUUCUACCGACGGGUGCAUCAGCGUGCGGAGAACCGGCAGGAUUACGACCUGUACGACCCUGAGACGUUGAGGAGAUCGCUUCCACCGCGCGUGGACGACGACAACGGCUUGGGAGCAGCGUCCGCUCAGAAGUUCGAGGGCGAGGAUCGCAAUUUUCACGAGCGAUUGAAGGCGCAGAGGGAGCAGACGCGCUGGUGGCUGCAGAGGCAGAAGGAGGAGCGCGAGGCGGCCGAGGCAGCGCGGCGAGACGCCGAGGAUACCUAUCAGGAAGCCGUCCACUCCAGGAACGAGCGCGCGACGACGCUGGCGCGGAUGGAGGAGGAAUGCCGGCGAAGGCUGAACGAAGCCACGGCGACGUUUAAUCGCGCUCUGGCCGAGGAGCAGCAGAAUCGCCGUCACUGCGAAGCCGUUCAAGACGAGGAGGACAAGAAAGCGGAAAUCUAUAAUCACGUGACUGGAGAUUUCCUCACCGAGGCUAAGGAGCAAGCCGAGAGCAUCCGUGGACCAUGCCGGCCGUUGAUGGACCGAUACAAGGGCAUGACUGCGGACGAGUUGAAGGUCUUCAGGGAUGCUCAGCUGCUGCAAAUGGAAGAGAUCCGUAAAAUCAAACUGGAAGAGAAACGCAUCAAAGAGGAUUGGGAUCGUUUAAUGGAGUCACAUCUUCAAACCGCAUACUCAUACGAUCGUGAAUUAAAUCAAAGAAAAUCAGAGCUCAACAAGAAAAUCGCGGAGGAGAAUUUGCGGCUUGCCGAGCAACAGAAGCAACAUCAAGAAUACCUGAACCGUGUCAUUUACAAGAAUCAACCGACCGCUGCUUUCUACGAGCAAUUUAACAAAGGAACACGUUGAAUGCAAUCGCAGUUUUCACAUGCAAUGCAUAUCUUUUAAAAGAUGAAAAUUUGAUGUAAAUUCUAAGUAAAUAAGAAAUAAUUUUAUAAACUUAA